CCACGGUAUACUCGGACGCACGUCAACCCACUUCCGUCAUGGCGCCAGCCUGUCUCGCGCCGUCCCCGCGUAACAGCAGCCCUGCAACCGCCCACGAGUGCCCUACUGUUCGCCGUCCAACGCCUCGCCGUUGCUCCUCCAAAGAUGCCUGCGAACUGCUGCCCCAAGCGCCCCGCCAAGUCGCUUCCUCUUUGAACCCCCCACUACGCCAGAUCCGGCGCCCGAGUCGAAGGGCUCGACGCUGGAAAGACUCACGCACUCGGGUGUCCGGCGACCAUCUGCGCCCGGUGACUUCUGCCACGGCAGCUACUGCGUCGUCUCCGUCAUCCCGGAUCUGGGAGAGCGCCCAGGGUGGGACUUGUUGCACGACAGGGCGAUCAUCGCGUGGAUUUCACGCACACAAAGCGGACUCAGGUCAGCCGUCUUGGUCGCUGAACUAGGUUCGACCAAUUCUGUGAAAUCCUGACAAGAUCCAUCGGCAAUUCUUGCCACGAACGUUAUCUUAUUCUUCACGUGGUGCCACAAGAGAGGGCCCUAGAAUCGGCUGUUCAAACAUCACCUACCAUCAAAGGGACGGAAGAUCAACCUCUAGACUGCACUCACCUGUCUUCCCGGAGUCAAACCAGCCAGGCCACGGCAGA